CAUAAAUAUACAUAUAGACUUAAGAAGCACGUUGUCGCUGUAACGCAGGGGAAAGAAUCAUGUAUAGAUCUAUGUCAACGUUUUUGCAGCUUUCCAGACAGGCCUGUCUACAGUUUUCAAGAGGGAAACAUGUUGUAAUCACUCCAGUUGACAAACCUAGAUUUUUUGGUAUAAACAAAGUAAUAAUACUAGGGAGCCUUGCCAGUGUAGUCAGAAAUCCAGGAAAUGAUGAUUCAUUUUAUACGUUCACUUUGGCUAACAAUAGAACAGUGGAUGGAAACAAGAACAUAGCUACCUUCCAUGACGUUAAAGUUGAUGGAAGAAUUGCCCCAAGGAAUAUCAUGGACUUGCAACCUGGAUAGGAUGGUUCCUAUGUGGACAGGUUUAAGGGAUCAAGCAACAAGAUCGGAAGAGUUUUCUGAGGAGGAGGAAGAAGAAAAUUGAUAGAGGUGUGGACACUCGGUAGCAUGACAUCUUUUCAACCAUUCAAUCAUGGCUUAUGAAUAUUCAAAUGAAAUAGGCUGAGAGAAAUGUUUUUAACACAAACUGUAAUUUCCUUCCUUCACAAACUUCACGAGGUGACAUUGGGAUCUUCGAUACCGAUUAUAAAAAAUUAAAAAAAUUAAAAAACAAAUGUACAAAGGACUACCUUUCUGUCACAAUUCUUGUUUGGUCCUUAGCUAUUAUUGAGGAUCCUCAGUAUUUUAAUGCCUAGAUCAAAUAAAAAUGAAAAAAUGUCUUUUGUUUA